GAAGUAGGGAGGAAGCGGUUGUAAACAAUAGAACAUGUGAUACGCCAUUGCGUUCACCCUUGUACAAUCGUCAGCUAGGAAAAGGAGAUGCAUGAACACAUUUGACACAAGUACACCUUCCGUACACUAAACCAGAAAAGUGUCGCAGGUGGUCUGGUCACCGCAAGGCUGCAGACAUGGAACCAGCAGAGUGUCAGAUCGCUGCUCCUGCCACCGACUCUGAAGCAUCCAAGACAAGUCAGCAAACCGACCGAGUAGAGCUUUCACCGGCGAUGCGAGCUAAGAUAGAGCGGAACCGACAGCGGGCGUUGAUGCUUCGACAAGCCCGACUAGCGAGCCGAUCUCUAGCGGCGAUCGAAGGCUCAACUUCGGCCAAAGUCGCCAAGACCAUCGAUUCAGGAGCCGGAUUCUUCAUUGAGGAAGAGGACGAGGAAGACAUGCAGAGGGUCAAACCUGUGGUGCAUCAACCAGCCCCGGUGAUAGAGACCGACUACCUGGUGUGUGAUGAGUGUGGUAAACCCUUCAUGGAUUCCUACCUCAGCAACAGCUUCGACCUUUCAGUGUGCGACAAGUGCAGGGAUAACGAUGGGAAGCACCAGCUGGUGAGCCGGUCGGACGCCAAGAAGAACUUCCUGCUGAAGGACUGCGACCUGGACCUGAGGGAGCCCCCACUCCGCUGCAUCCUCCGCAAGAACCCCCACAACCCCCGCUGGGGCGACAUGAAGCUCUACCUCAGGACCCAGGUGGAGAGCAGGUGCAAGGAGGUGUUUGGCUCGGAGGAGGCGAUGGAGGAAGCCAAGGAGACGCGGCAGGAGAACAAAGAGGUGCAAGCGCAGAAACGCUUCAACAAAAAGGUCAAAGAGUUGCGACGGGCCGUGCGUAGCAGUGUGUGGACCAAAGACACCCAGGCACAUCAGCACCAGUACGGACCAGAGGAGGUCCUGGAUGCCGAAGAGGACCUCUACCAGAAGACCUGCUCCACCUGCGGACACACCCUCAGCUAUGAGAAGAUGUAGACACACACACGCACAGCUACAACAGGGUGUAAAGAGACACACACACACUACUACGAAAGAGGAUUUAGACCCAUCUGUGGGAUGGAGACCGCCACUGUGUGGAUCUUAGGUCCAGCUAGUUCUCCACAACUUUUCUCCAGACUACCUCACCUCCACUACCUCUCAGACCUUGUAUGGAUUCCUGGUCUGUAUGUUGUUGGUGCUUAUGGAUGUCCGUCACAGACCUGAGAUCUCAAACUCUAUCCAAUCCGGUUUUCGUUUAAAUCAAUUUUUUCACAGAGACAUUAAUGACAUGUACUGUACAAGUGGCACCCGUCUGAGCAGAACCAAUGAGAGCAGUAGCUGUGUUCCCAUCGGACGACGUGUGCCGUUUCUCGCCCAGCUGUUCCCCACCCAGGUGCUUCCUGACAGAACCUGACGGGAGAACCUAAGAUGUCUUUCUUGAUUGUGGUUUUACAUCUCGUGCAUUUGCUUCCAACAACAAUGUGUGUCAUGUCUUGUCAUGCAGAGCCAUAUGCAUGUCCUUUUUGUACUGUACAAGGUAUUCGCCACCCAGACUAUUGAAAAAGCGUUGCGCCUAUGCUGACUCUAGCUAGACAGAGCGUCGGUGACCAGAGCCACGAUCAAGAUGAGGGGUUGCCAGGUCACUUGACAUGUGAUGAGAUUAAUUUAAUGUCUGUAUUAGAGAUCCUAACUUAUGUCGUUGGGAGUUCCGUUUUCUACCUUACUAGUACAUUUUCAGUUCCUCAACAUGAACCUAGCCAUGCUUCAGUUCACACAUUCAAACUAAUGUUAAGGAUUUCAAGGGACACCUGGUGUUUUUCUACAACUGCAUCUUCAUGGGGUUCAAUUAAAAGACAUCUGAUGUCAAACGUAA